GGCACUAGGACCGCCCAGACGCCGGAGCAGCCAAGCUUCAGCGCCAGGCAGAGGGACCCAGCCGCCGGUGCUGUUACACAAGAGAGCGAGAGCCACGGACAGCUGCUCAGCGCCGCUCCCCUGCUGGUGGAUUAGAAGCUGAUCGAAGCAACAGUGCCAUUAAGCAAUGGGCUAGAUGCUUCCAGAGGCUGCAACCUGGCAUUUGGAGGUGCAGCUGUUCCGUCGCCGGCAAGGCUGGCCUGAGGUGAGCCCGGCACGUCCGCGUCCGGACUCGCAGACACGCCUUCUCCUCACACAAACCUUCCUGAUCCGAGGCGCCGCGGAGGAUUCCCGGGGGUGGUGCCGCUCACAGCCCUGCCUCUCGCAGUCCUGACAGCGUUGGACCCAUCCCGAGCCACAGGUUGGAAAAGUAAGGAGGUAUUCCCGUGAUCGUCACCCCGUGAAGCAGAUAGCGCGUGGCUGCGGGUGGUGAAGCCCGGGUCCCAGGGCUCGGGAAGGAUAGGAAAGGAUUGUGAAACCUGACACCAGCCCUCUCGGCGCGGAAACUUCGCAGGCUGGCCCACCAAGACCUUCACCAUGACCGAUGGGGACUAUGAUUAUCUGAUUAAACUCCUGGCCCUUGGAGAUUCAGGGGUGGGGAAGACAACAUUUCUUUACAGAUACACAGAUAAUAAAUUCAAUCCCAAAUUCAUCACUACAGUAGGAAUAGAUUUUCGGGAAAAACGUGUGGUUUAUAACACGCAAGGACCAAAUGGAUCUUCAGGGAAAGCAUUUAAAGUGCAUCUGCAGCUCUGGGACACAGCAGGCCAAGAGCGGUUCCGGAGCCUUACCACUGCGUUUUUCAGAGAUGCCAUGGGAUUCUUGUUAAUGUUUGACCUCACCAGUCAACAGAGCUUCUUAAAUGUCAGAAACUGGAUGAGCCAACUGCAAGCAAAUGCUUACUGUGAAAAUCCAGACAUAGUAUUAAUUGGCAACAAGGCAGACCUGCCAGACCAGAGGGAAGUCAAUGAACGACAAGCCCGAGAAUUAGCUGAAAAAUAUGGCAUACCAUAUUUUGAGACAAGUGCAGCGACUGGACAGAAUGUAGAGAAAUCUGUGGAAACCCUUCUGGACUUAAUAAUGAAACGAAUGGAACAGUGUGUGGAGAAGACACAGGUUCCCGAUGGUGUCAAUGGUGGAAGUUCUGGAAAACUAGAUGGGGAGAAGCCGGCAGAGAGGAAAUGUGCCUGCUAGACUCUACAUAGGAGCUGAUAAUCAAGAAACCCCACCCAAAUAUUAUUUCUGAAAACAGUGACAAACCACAAAUUGUUGCUGAGUAGACCAUGCACAACAGCGUGUUUUUCUUUUUCACCCAGAAAAAUCUAUUUUAAGAAACAAGAAUAAUCAAGUGUUCAAAAGAACUGACCAGUUAUUCUUGAGUCCUUUCCCUCCCCGCCAAAAUCAGAUUUCCUAAGAUGAUCUAACCAUCAUGGAUGUUCAAAUAUUUUUAUAAAGAAGUAUAAUAUAUGAGUAUAUGUAAGAAAUAAAUAUCAAAGAGAUUUUAAAAAGAGAUUCAAACAUUACCUUGUCACAUUGGCGAAAGGAAUAGGCUACUUAUGGACAAAUGUAGAAAGAUUUUUAAAGUUUGCAUUUAUUUAUAUAAAAUGACUCAUACAUCCAAAUUGCAUUGGGGAAAACAUAUUGGCUAAAACUGGUUACGCAAUGAAAAAUCCUAUGUGGUUCUUAAGAGGGAUGUUACUAUAUGUACACAGUAAGUUGAACUGAAUCAUUUAUAAGGUUAUAAGUGGGUGAAUGUCAGAAUUCUGCUGAAUUAGGAGAUUAUAUAGUAAUACAAUUUUUAUAGUCCUAAGUGGCAGACAGAUGAGAACAGGACUGUGAAUGAAUGACAGUUAGUACAAGAUAAAUGCCUUGGAAGAAAAAACCAAAAAUAUAGGAAUAUGGCAUUUGUACAACUGAAAUUAAAUGUAUCUGUUAUAGAUGUCUGGAAGAGUUACUCAAAUUUCACUCAAGCCACUUAGAAGCUGACAUUAUCAGUAGGGAUUAAAA